CUCAUUGAGAGGCUGGAGAGAGUACAAUUCGCCCCCUCCCGCUUCCUGAACCGGCAGGGCAAGUACUGUGGCUUUAAAGCCACGUGGGUGAAGGGGGCGCCGGCUGAUGGAUGCGCUGAAGGAGGGAAUGAUUAUCUUGGCCGCGAAGGGGACAACUGGAAUGAUCACUGCUAAGGAUGAGAAGAGUCGGGCCACGUCGCCUAACUGGUUCCUGUCUCGGGCAGGCAGCAAUGCUUCAGCACAGACCCAGCUGGAGAUGGCUAUUGCAAAGCCACCUGGGCUGAUCCCAGAAACUCAGGUGAUCCUGAAAAAUGAACUGGAGUUCAUCAAAGCUCAGCUCCAGGCCCAAACCAAGGCUUUUCAGGCACUGAGCCACUCCAUCACUUUGCUGGAGCAGGAGAGCAAUCAGCAGCAGGGUAGGAUCAAGCAGCUGGAAGAGAAGGUCCAGUUUGCCAGCCGCUUAGCUCAUGGGGAGAUGCUUGAGGGUCUGAUGCAGAAGAAGAUCCAGGAGGUUUGGAGAGCCAUGACCAAAGAGGUGGAAGGUUUGCAGGGUUCCAUGAUCCAGAAGGAAAGCUCAAUGGAGAACCUGUCUCAAGAGGUCCUGGAGAGCAAGAAGUUCCUUUGGGAGGAGCUGGAAGCAGUGCAGGGCGAACUGCGGCGCAUCCAUCAGAAACUGAAAGACCAGGAGGUAGACAUCACUAGGAACCUGGUUAGCAUCCGGAAGAUGCAGGAUAACCAGAUGAAGUGCACCAAGUUCCUGGCCCAGCUGAAGGGCCGAGUCCCAGGCAGCACAUCAGAAUCUGUGGACAACAAGCCGAUGACUGAAGAGCUGAAUGACAUCUGGUCAGCUGUCAACACCCUGCGCAACUCCAUCACCACCUGCAACAUUUGGAGUGACAAGAGAAAAGCUCCGAGGAUGAAAGGCCAUAUGAGCCGCCACCAUCGGAAGCCCAGUUCGGCCGGCUCCUUUUUCUCCGACUCGGCCCUAAAUCAGCAUCGCAGUAGCUCGGAGCACAGCUCAUAGGUGAGCCUCCAGAUAUAGAAGACUCAAGAUCUGGGAGAAAAACUGUGGCUUUCCUUUCAAGCUGAAUUAUAGACAAUGCAGAUGAAAUUAAACUGAACUGCUUGCA